AUGGCCCAAAAAUGUUUUAACGUGCCGAACCGGCUAGUUACCGGGGAAAAACGUAAAAAACCCGUAAACGCAUACUUCGGAAAGCCCGUAAAGGGCAUGCUUAGCGCGAUACGCCAAAGCAAUUACCGUAUUUUAAACGUACGUCGUAGUAAAAAACAUUAUUGCUUGCCCGAAAAAGAAAUGGAAAAACCUCCGGAUGGCAUAACGGACGGGCUUAAGCGUUCGGGUAGCGGUAAAUGCAUGUCGGCGGUAUUUAAACCCAUUAAAGGGGCGAAAAAAAAGCAUUUUAAAAUUAUUUAUUAA